AUGAGGUAUAGAGUGGUUUCCUUGUCGCUCAACAAACUGAGACCGCUAAACUCUGAACUUUUUGCAAAGGAUAAAAGUAACGAAAUGAUCGACUUCAUCGAGAAACCAAUGGAAGGAAAGAACAUGGUAGGAGAUUUGCCUAUAACGACUCCAGAGGACGACGAAUUAGCUGACCUCGUCAGGUGUAUUGUUCGGGCCGCUGAUGGAAGGAAAGCAGAAAACAUUGUAGCUCUCCGCGUAUCAACUGUAUCAACGCUGACUACUUUCGUUGUUAUCUCAAGUGGAAAUUCCCGGCCUCAAAAUCAAGCGAUCGCUGCUGCAAUAAAGGAUGACGUUUCAAAUGAUUUCGAUCUGUUACCAGGUUCGACCGGUGUUCCUGAAGGUAGCGCAGAAUCAGGGUGGAUGGUUCUGGACUACGGAGGUGUUAUUUGCCAUGUCAUGACACCCAAGAGCAGACUCUAUUACAAUAUUGAAGGGCAAUGGGAAAAUAAGGGUGGCGAACAAAUGGAUCUAUCGGAUGUCAUUAUUCCCAACACUAUCGACCAGACAAGCGGGGUAAGCCCAGCCGAAGGAAUUGAAGAGGACGAUCCAUUCUGGUCCUAG